UCUCUCUUUUUUCUUCUUUUUUUGUGUCUUUUUUUAAUCCGUCUAUCCAUAUUAUCCAACUUUAUAAACCGGUAAUAAGCUUCAAAAAAAAAAAAAAAAAAAAAGAAAAGAAAGCUAUUGAACAACUGCCCUAUCACUAAACCUAGAGAGAGAGAGAGAUGACAUUACUAUGAAAGAUAAGGGUCUUUUAGGAAAAUUGGAUAGCACAAUGUGUGUUUGAAAGAUGCUUUGGAAAACCUGUUGGCUUGUGAUAAACCAUGGGCUUUUGCCCAAAAAGUACCAAAGUCAAGACCUACGACUUGUUUAUCCUCGACGCGCUGCUCCAAAUAUAACCGAAACUUGAUUGUAGGAAGGUCCCUAUCUUCAUCUCUUUAUAUAAAAGGAGAGAGAUAUUAACUAAAUCAUAUAUUGAGAGAAAGAAGUACAUUUUCACUAACGAAUUUAAAAGAAAGGAAAUUGUUGGAUUGUCAGAAAUGGGAAGGUGGAUUAAGCCUGAGGUGUACCCUCUGAUGGCCGCCAUGGGCUUUGUCACGAGUUUGUGCAUCUUUCAGCUCACCCGGAACCUACUCCUCAACCCGGACGUUAGAAUCAACAAAGCUCAUCGCACUUCGGCUGUCCUUGACAAUGAAGAAGAAGGCCAAAAAUACGCUGAACAUAGCCUCCGCAACUUCCUCCGAACCCGCCCACCUGAAAUCAUGCCAGCCAUUAACAAAAUCUUCUCUGAAAGCAAGAAUUAAUCCAAAUGUAUAUCCUCUUACAGAUGAACCCCAGAGAGAGAGAGAGAGAGAGAGAGAGAGAGAGAUUUUACUUCUGAUUCUUCAGCAUGUAAUAGAUACUUGAUUUGAGAAAAAGAACAUAUUAAUUUCAUGGAAUGUAUUGCACCAGCAAUUGAAAAUUCGUUAAUUCCUGUGAUUUUUUCCUCAAAUAAAGCAGGCCUUCUCCUUACAUGUAAACA